AUGCUGCUGUUAGCAGCAGAUCUAGUUGACAGCAGCAACUUCUUUUUGCUAGGAAAACCGUUUGUAGAGAAGAAAAGUUUGAAGGGUUGGAUAUCAAGUGGAGAAAAGAAGAUAGGAUCUGAAGGAUCUUCAAACUCCAUCGCCGCACCUUCCCCACACAGCCAUUACCGCCGCCACCGCAGCCACCGCCGCCACCGCAGCCGUCCGCAGCUUCCGACUCACGCCCCGCCGCCGUCAACAGCCUCCGCUCACGCCAAGCCGCCGCCGCGACGCCGCUGCUCUCCUCACCGCCGGACGCAACUGUCGCACCACCUCGCCGCCGGACGCAACUGCCGCACCACAUCGCCGCCGGUCGCCCUCCCCCGCUACUCGCCCGGGGUCUCAGAGGUUCCUGGGGGGACAAACAACAACAACUAUGCUAAUGUGCAGCUCAUUGUUGAGCCAAGGGUUAUGUACCUUAAAAUCUGUGAAACAAAAAACAUUCAGACGGCAAAACAAGUGUAUUUCACUUGAAAGGAAGUGCAUACUCGAUC